AUGGCUAAGGGGACGUCCAUAAUGGAUGUCAGGCUUCAUGGUGGGAUGGGGUCCAAAUUUUCCUUGUCAAGAGAUAAGCACACCAACUCAACAAUAUACCAAUACUGCCUGAAUGAUGAGGUAGAGAGUGUUAGGAGUUAUUGUACAACCGCAGUUUGUUUGCCAGGCUGGAGCGGAAAGCAUUGCGAUCAGAAAGACGUCGAAACACCAGAAAGUGAUCCCGUCACUUCAUGUGGAGAAAAUAAUGGAGGAUGUGGUGAGGACGUCUGUGUUGAGGUUGGAGAUGAUGUAUUUGAUGUCCAAGUCAAGUGCAACCCGCCAGAUGAAGAAAUAUUCAAAGUACCAACAGUUAAACCUAUGAGCGACUGGAAUUACAAGGGUUGUUUCAAUAAAAUGCAUUCCUCCACGGAGGAGACAAUUCGUUCUGUGGAAUCCUGUUCUGAAUUAUGUGAUGAAACAUUCUACGGAAUAAAGAAUGGUGAGCUUUGCACAUGUGCCAACAUUGUUGAUAACGAAGUUGGUGCCGACAGAUGCAAUAAAAAAUGUUCAGAUGGGUUAUCGUGCGGAGGAGAAUCUUUCUAUUCUGUAUAUGCCAGUAAAGUGUCUGACAUCUUUUUGAAUCGUCAGUUCAAAUUGGCGAAAAAAGCAAGUAAAUCCAUAGUGGUUGGAUGUUUUAAAUACCUUGAACUUGAGCACAAACAAAAUGAAAAAGACAAAGCUCAUUGUUUGGACAGCUGUAAAGAGCUUGGGUUUCCGUACAGUGGGACCGGAAAUGAAACAUGCCAAUGUGGGAGAGAUAUUGAAUUCAAGGACCAGUUGAACAAAGAACAGUGCAAAGAACCUUCUGUGUUUUUUCUUUUAUCUGACGUUUCACCAGAUUUGGAUGUUCGAGGAAAACCGACAAAAUACAACUACUGCAUGAAUGAUAGAAUAGAAAGUAAGAAAGCUUACUGCCAAACUGGUCUUUGCAAACUUGGCUGGACUGGGGCACUCUGUGAUAAGAGAGACUGCAACACUAGUGACGGAGCAUGUGGUGAGGGAAUGAUUUGCGUACAAGAAAUAGUAAAUUAUGUCACGAUUGCUAAGUGCCUAUGCAGAGAUGGUCUUGCAUCUGUCGGCGAAUUCGAAUGCAAAGGCCUCUCCGUGUAUGCCGUCAGACGUAAAUCAAGAAGAGGUAAGAAAUUUUUAUUUCCAAUUCUCUCUUCCAACUUUCUCAGAAGGUCAUCGCCCUAUGGGAAAAUAUCAUUAAAAAAUUUGCUAUAUAGAAAGGAAACAGAACCGCAGCCAGAGCUGAUGCAAUCUCCAGGUUGA